AUGGUUAUGGAACUCCGCAACUGCCCCCUCUCGGCGCAACAGCUGCCCGGCCGCGGCCUCUUCCGGGGCAGCCCCGGUGAAGCGGGGCCGGGUGGCAAGGCUGUCAACGCUGGCGAAAGGGACCCGCCGCCACCACUGCGAAAAGGGAAAAAAAAGGACCGAGCGUCCGCGCCCGCGCUCUCGGCUCGCGCCCGCUGGCUCCGCUCACCUCCGCGCCCUCGCUUCUCCGCUUCCCUCGCCGGGACGCGGCCAGACCCCGGCGCCCGGCGCGCAGAGCGCGCUCGCGGCCUGGAGAGCCGUUCCUGCCGCCGCCGGCUGGCCCGGCUCCCCGCAGCCCUGCGCACCGCCCCGAGGCUGCGCGUCGGGCGCGGAGGCGCGGCGCCCCCUUUCCCCAGCCUCGGCCCUCUCCGCCGCCAGUCGGCGACGGGAGCCCGCGGGCCGGGCCGGAUGCCCAGGAGCCAGACCCCGCCCGCUCGCCCGCCGGCCCGCCUGGCCCUGUAG